AUGCCUAUCGGCUUAUCAGCUGGGUGGAAUCAGAUACAAUUUAACUUGGCCGACUUCACGAAACGAGCAUACGGAACACAAUUUCAAGAAACUCUGCGUGUCCAAGUACAUGCAAAUGCGCGCUUGCGAAGAAUUUAUUUCUGCGAACGCCUAUUUAGUGAAGAGGAAUUGCCUCAAGACUACAAACUAUAUUUGCCUUUGGAGCAUAAGCAAAAAAAGACAGCGGGAAACAAGGAUAAGGGUAAACCGGCGCCAACAUCAGCCGCACCACCUUCACCGCCGACGCCCCAAAAACAGAUUGCUGAACCGGCACCCAAAAUUACCUCUCCGAAAGAAGAAUUAUCGCAAAGCGCUAGUGUUCAUACCACCACUCCAAUAGCUACAGAUAUAGCAGCUGAGGAGCCCCCAUUAACAAAAGAGGAACCCCCUUUAACAAAAGAGGAGCCCCCAUUAACAAAAGAGGAACCCCCUUUAACAAAAGAGGAGCCCCUUUCAACAAUAGAGGAACCCGGACCGGAUGAGAUGAAAGCAGGAGAAGAAGUCGUUGCUGAUGCGAAGUCUAUAAAAGAAACAACUAAUGAACAACCCGCUGAAGACCAUGUAGUUAAAGAAGAAGCAGAAGAAUCU